AUGGCCCGAAACUUAUCAGAUAUAUUAAGCACCGCCUCGUUGGACUUGACCCCAUACGAGGCUCUCUACAAGCAUUUCCAUGCAAACCCGGAGCUCUCCCUGCAAGAAAAGGCAACCUCAGAAAAGAUCACAUCCAUUCUAUCCAACCUAGGGCCCUAUGAGAUCCACACAAACAUCGGCGGCUAUGGGCUAGUAGGAAUCCUCAAAAAUGGCCCGGGAAAAACAAUUCUCGUUCGCGCCGACAUGGAUGCUCUGCCCAUCAAGGAACUCACAGGCCUCCCAUAUGCGAGUUCAGUGACUAUGCGUGAUGGUGAUGGGACCAUCAAGCCAGUUAUGCACGCCUGCGGCCAUGACAUGCAUAUCACCUGUCUCCUUGCAACGGCUGAAACACUCGCGAGGACGCAGGAUUCCUGGAGCGGGACUUUGAUCGUGCUCUUCCAGCCGAACGAGGAACGAGGCGGAGGCGCACAGGCAAUGGUUGAUGAUGGACUCUAUUCCAAGAUCCCCAUGCCAGAUUAUGUUUUCGGUCAGCAUGUCAUGAGAAUGCGUGCUGGGGCUGUUGGAUCGCGGCCUGGAACGAUUAUGGCUGCUGCAGAUAGCUUUAAGAUUACUCUGUUUGGUCGGGGUGGCCAUGGGUCUCAGCCGCAUCAUACAGUUGAUCCUGUGCUUCUUGCUGCGCAUGUUGUCGUGAGAUUGCAGGGUAUUGUGAGCAGAGAGGUUGAUCCCAGUGAUCUUGGUGUUGUUACUGUUGGCAGUUUGCAAGCUGGACAGACGGAGAAUGUUAUCUCGGAUAGGGCUGAGAUUGGGAUUGAUUUUAGAACUGUCAAGCUUGAGACUCGACAGAAAAUCCUUUCUGCCAUUCAACGUAUUGUUGAGGCAGAAUGCGCUGCUAGUGGAUCACCGAAACCGCCGGUCAUUACUCCGACUAGGCGGUUCCCGCCUACUACAAAUGAUCAGAACGCUGCUUUGCAAUUGGCCGCGUCAUUUGGAGAUCAUUUCGGGGAGGCCUUUGAUGGCGAUACCCCAAGGACCAAUGUUAGCGAAGACUUUUCUACAUUGGGUACUUCUCAAGGUCUUCCGUGCUCCUUCUGGCUAUUUGGAGGCAUUGACCCGGUGCUUUGGGACAAGGCCCAAGCAGAUGAGGCUCUCAUGGCAGAGAUUCCUGGCAACCAUUCGGCUUUGUUCGCGCCCGUGAUUCAGCCAACCAUGAAAACAGGCGUGGAUGCGCUGUGCCUUGCAGCUUUGACAUUCUUGAGAAAGUAG